AUGAGCUCGAAAGAGGCACCGUCGCUUAAGAGACGCGAGUCUCGUUCCGGGACAAGGAAGGUCUCGUCACUGUCGGCGGAACAGUUGGAGAGAAAGCGUGCCAACGAUCGAGAGGCGCAACGGUCCAUUCGUCAACGAACCAAGACAAAUAUAGAACAACUGGAGGCUCAGGUUUCCCACCUUCAGUCGCAACUGGAAGAUAUGAGACUCCGGACGGAGACGUACGACGAAGUCAUGCAACAAAAUACGAUGCUGGAAGGCGAAGUGGACCGAUUGAAGCGUCAAAUGGCUUCUUUCACUGGACCUGGACUUACAGGCAGUGAACCAAAUGCUCCGACUCGAAGUGGAUGGCAUAAUGUAGCGGAAGCCCCAAACAGUGUUUCGCCUACCAUGCCUGCGACUGGGAUACUCUUGUCGCCGCAUUUCACAGAGAAACCCUCACCCUCGAACAGCCUCCGUUCUCUCAUCGUCAAGUCGGGCAUCUCACCUGCAUGA